UUUUCCUUUUAGCUAUGGCUUUUGUGCGAACCCUGAAUGUACUUCAAUAACAGGGGCGCUAGUAUUUUCCAUUUCAACCACUUCUUUUUUGGUUUUUGUUUGAGAAAAAAAAGCCUUUUUUUGUUUGAGAAAAAAAAAACCUUUUUUUGUUUUGAGAUUUGAAGUAUGAGACUCUCUUCAUCAGGGUUAAAUCAGCAAACUCAGGAAGGGGAGAAGAAAUGUUUGAAUUAUGAACUUUGGCAUGCAUGUGCGGGUCCUCUGGUGUCUCUACCACCUGUUGGAAAUCGAGUUGUUUACUUUCCCCAAGGUCACAGUGAACAGGUUGCUGCUUCGACCAACAAGGAAGUAGAUGCUCAUAUACCAAACUAUCCGAGCUUACCCGCACAGCUUAUCUGUCAGCUUCACAAUGUGACUAUGCAUGCAGAUGUAGAAACAGAUGAAGUGUAUGCUCAAAUGACCUUGCAGCCAUUGAGUCCGUCCUUGCUUAGGAUUACUCCAAAACCUUCCAGCAGAGUUAUUAAUCUUCAUGAUUAUGGUGAAUAUUUAAACAUUAUAUUUCGAGGCCAGCCUAAGAGGCAUCUUCUUACGUCUGGGUGGAGUGUCUUUGUUAGUGCAAAAAGACUUGUUGCUGGUGACUCAGUCCUUUUUAUUUGGAAUGAGAAGAAUCAAUUGUUGUUGGGUAUCAGGAGAGCAAAUCGUCCUCAGACGGUUAUGCCUUCUUCUGUUUUAUCAAGUGAUAGUAUGCACAUUGGUCUUCUUGCUGCAGCAGCUCAUGCAGCUUCAACCAAUAGCCGUUUUACUAUAUUUUAUAACCCCAGGGCAAGUCCUUCAGAGUUUGUCAUUCCUCUUGCCAAGUACAUUAAAGCAGUCUAUCACACCCGGGUUUCUGUAGGCAUGCGAUUUAGAAUGCUGUUUGAGACAGAAGAGUCAAGUGUCCGCAGAUAUAUGGGUACAAUAACUGGCAUUAGUGACUUAGAUCCUGUUCGCUGGCCAAAUUCGCAUUGGCGCUCUCUUAAGGUUGGCUGGGAUGAAUCCACUGCAGGAGAGAGGCAGCCAAGGGUGUCCUUGUGGGAGAUUGAACCAUUAACAACCUUCCCUAUGUAUCCAUCACCUUUCCCCCUGCGAUUGAAGCGGCCAUGGCCAUCUGCACUACCCUCCUUCUAUGCUUUCAAGGAUGGUGAUAUGAGCAUGAACUCCCAAUUGAUGUGGCUUCAAGGUGGGGUUGGAGAUCAAGGAAUUCAGUCUUUAAACUUCCAAGGAUUUGGAGUUGCACCCUUGGUACAGCCAAGGCUUGAUACUUCUUCAAUACCAGGUGUACAAUCUGAUCUUUACCAAGCAAUGGCUGCUGCCGCACUUCAGGAAAUGAGGACAGUUGAUUCAUCCAAACUGGGCUCUCAAUCUCUCUUGCAAUUCCAGCAACCUCAGAGCACAUCCAAUGGGUCGCCUGCUCUAAUUCAGAGGCAGAUGUUACAGCAGUCCCAAACACAAAAUGCCUUUCUUCAGAGUUUUCAGGAAAAUCAGACUGCUUCACAUGUUCAGCUUCUGCAGCAGUUGCAGCAUCCCAAUUUGUACAAUGAUCCACGACAACAGCAACAGCAGCAGCAGCAGCAGCAGCAGCAACAACAACAUCAGCAACAGCAACAGUCUCAACAAUCACAGCAACUACCACAGUUGUCUGUUCCACAACAGAUUCCUAAUGUAAACGCUGCUUUUCCUUCUGCAUCAGCCAGCCAGGCCCAGUCCUCAUCUCUGCCAGCUGUUGCUUCACAAUGCCAGCAGCAGACAUUUUCUGACCGUCUUGUGAACAAUAUAGCCACAUCUGAUGUUUCCUCUAUGCAAAGUAUCUUAGGUUCAUUAUCCCAGGCUGGAUGUUCCAAUUUACUCAAUGUGAAUGGAUCAAACCCAAUUAUCUCUUCUGCUUUUUUGUCUAAGUCAGUAGCUAUUGAACCACAGCUUUCAUCUGGAGCUACUAACUGUGUACUGCCCCAGGUUGAACAGUUGGGAACUGCACAGUCAAAUGUAUCCGAACUUUCUAACUUAUUACCUCCGUUUCCAGGAAGGGAGUAUUCUGCUUACAUCGGUUCAAGUGAUCCGCAAAAUUUUCUGUUUGGGGUUAGCAUUGAUUCCUCAUCUCUUAUGCUGCAGCACGGGAUGACAAACCUGAAAAAUAUCAGAAAUGAAAAUGAUUCAUUGUCUCUGCCGUAUGCUGCUUCAAAUUUCACAAGUGCUUCUGGCACAGAUUUUCCUCUUAAUUCAGACAUGACUACCUCAAGUUGUGUGGAUGAAUCAGGUUACUUGCAGUCUUCUGAAAAUGUUGACCAAGUAACUCCAACCAGAACCUUUGUGAAGGUUCACAAGUCGGGGUCCUUUGGGCGCUCAUUGGAUAUUUCCAAGUUCAGCAGCUAUGAUGAGCUGCGCUGUGAGCUCGCUCGAAUGUUUGGUCUUGAAGGCCAAUUAGAGGACCCUCAGAGAUCAGGCUGGCAGCUUGUAUUUGUUGAUAGGGAGAAUGACAUUCUUCUCCUUGGUGAUGACCCUUGGCAGGAAUUCGUGAACAGUGUGUGGUAUAUCAAGAUACUAUCUCCGCUUGAAGUGCAACAAAUGGGGAAAGAAGGCCUGAAUCCUUCCACUUCUGUCCCAAGCCAAAGGCUCACCACCAUCACCACCACCACCACCACCACCACCACCAAUGGUGGCAACCACUGUGAUGACUACAUGAGCAGACAGGACUUGAGAAGCUCUGGUAAUGGAAUUGCAUCAAUGGGGUUUCUUGAAUACUAAAGGAAAAAUGCUCCUCAAGGCUGAAGUUGGGGAUUUGAAAAUGAAAGCUGCGCUGAUGAAUCUUGUACUUGCAUGCAUUCCGUUGAACUUUAUACCCUUUAUUGUGGCCAGAGAAAUGUACCGCGAAGUUGAUAUUAAAGCUUGUGUGUCAGAAUACUUGUGUAAAUUAUAACAGGAAAUAUCUUUAACUUUAUAAUACUUCGUAGCAGAAGGUUGUAUUACGGAUAAUUGCAUUAUCUUAUCGGCAAUUUGUUUGCUGUCAUGUAAUUUUAUAUAUCAUCUACAGUAUUUUGACAUUACUAGUUCAUGAAUGAUCUUCCUAUUUUAACGUAGACCUCAUCUACAGUCUU